CCGGAUAUUUAAACUGGUCACCACGGGGGACGUGAGACUUUGCCAGCUUGAUGAUGUUGGGUAGCUACUACUCAUUAUGCGCAGAAUUAUUUGUUUCGUAACUCGAAUAGCGAUGCGUGGUAGGAUUACGAACAGGACUACGUUUUUGUUUCAAUACGUUGCUCAGACUCAAAUGCUUGGAAGCUAUUGUACAGUUAGCAAUGACGUGUGCUUGACAGAACCACCUGUACCUUGCUGUAUGAGUGGAUGUGCAAAUUGUGUUUGGAUUCAGCAUGCUGAGAAUCUUAUCAAAACACAACGAGAUGGUGAGAAGACUGUUCGACAAAGCAUUGACAACAUACAGGAUGAGAACUUGAAGGCUUUUGUUAAGCUGGAGCUAAAGUUGAAACGUCUUUUAUGAAAGUUGCAGUUUUAGAUUUAUUCAAUUGUACACAAAUAUCAAACAGGAUAACAUGCAGGGUAGGUGCAGGAUGGACAGACUGGAGUAGUAUAUUGUGUCUGUAUAUAUAAUCUCUUAUUGUGAUUUCUAGACUUUUGUUUGAAUGCUUGAAUAUAUGGUAUCUGUCAUGCAAAUACAA